AUGACGGCGCAGCCUAUGAUGGCCCCGCCCUUCGAGGACGAUGAGAACAUGGAGCUUGGAAAGGCCCAAGACUUUGGGCCCGGGGAGCCGAUCACCCCGCAAAAAAAGAGCCGAUUCAAAAAGCGAGCGGCCGAGGACGACAGCCCGGAAAAGACGGCACGGCCGAGCGACACGGGGCGAAACCAGACGGAGGCCAAGCGAGCGCGCCAUGGGUAUCCCACAGCUGCAGAGAUCAUGCUAGAGGCCUCGGAGGAGGAAGUCUAUCCGCUGGUUUCUCGCGAGCGUGAGUGUGGCCUGUUGGAUGAGUUCCUGAAAUCCUGCUUGGAGUCGGCAGCUGGCAGCUGCAUCUACCUCAGUGGUGGACCGGGGACUGGAAAGACUUCUGUGGCGAGGGCAGCGUCUAAGGCUUGGCUCCGGGAACAUCCAGACACCCGAGUUCUGGAAAUUAAUUGCAUGGAGAACCUCCGACCAUGCUCCGUCCCGGGCUUUCUCGUAAAAGCUGGUCAGGCCUGUAGCCUGGCUACAGGAAAGAAGCAGUCCACUUUGAGCUCCCGGAGCCCCCUGUCCAGCCUUGUGGCUUCAGCUGCCUCGAGCUUGCGUAGCCUUGGCAAAUCUGCCAUCUUGAUCAUUGACGAGGUAGAUCAGCUGGUGAAGAAGUGGAACGCAGGCGACACAUCCUUGGAGAUCCUUUGUGGCCUCCCGAGGCAUAGCGAGGCCCCAGCCCUGGCGAUCAUCAUGAUCGCGAACCAUGUGGACUUGCUUGUCCAAGCCUGUGGCCCCAGAUGGAAGAGCGUGUGUUCUUCCGUUCUCUUCGAGCGCUACACAUUGCAGCAGUUCAAGAACAUCGUGCAAAGCCGCUUCGCAGCAGCCGCAGACGGCGAGCUGGCCGAGAAGGCGCUCGGGGGCCGAGCCGGGCUGGAACUGCGCAUCCGGCGCUUGGCGAAUGCUGGAGACUGCCGACACAUCGUCCGGCUUUGCGACGAGGGACUCGCAAAAGCAGAGGAGAUCAGGCAAGAAGAAGGCAAAGCAGAAGCAAGCACGGAAGCCAAACCCGGCGGCGUGCCGUCAAUAUCGAAGAUGGCGGCCAUGCAAACGAGUCUGGAUCCGUUGGACUCGCUGAAAAGUCUCCCAUUGCCACAACAGCUUCUGCUUUGUGCAUUGUCCAGCGUGGAGGAGCCUGUCCAUACGUCAGAGAUCUUUCAGAGGUACCUGGACUGCCUGUCUGAACUCAAGCAGUCUCCGACACCUAAGACGCAAGUGCUUUCGGCGCUCUCUUCCUUGGAGCAGCGUGGGAUCCUGAGCCUACAAAAGCCACGAGGCAAGGGAAAAGGACGGGGCAAAGGCAGGAAAGGAGCUCAGGGGGCCACAGAAGAGCUCGUAGUGCUGGCUGUCUGCCGUGACAGCCUAAAAGAGGCACUCCAGCAGUCAGCCAAGGCUCUCUUAGGUCUCCGCUGCCUGGCGCCUGACCCCAGCGCGAAGGCUCAGAAGUGA